GUGGUGGAAGAAUCCACUUUUCACUCGUCUCCUUCUCGCUCAACGAACUCCACUCCUCCUCCGUCUGCUGUCUGGCCUGGCGAGAAAGCAAAACCUACAAAAUAUUCACAACCGACCUGACCUGACCUGACCUCAAUUUGCACGAAAGAACCGGAAGUCUUUCUUCUUCUGAUAAGCGAUCGAUACAAUCAGAUAACAACUAGUGUGUCGUCACCUUCUCCAUCAUCAUGUCGUGUGCUACGCUAAAACGACCCUUGGAUUCGGACUUGUUUUCACCAAACAGUCGCCCAGCCGCGAAACGACGCCGUCUUGCGAACGCUGCUCGUGGCUUGUUCGGAGUUGGAGGGGCUUCAAGCGCCUCAAUUUGUCGGGAUGGACCUCCAUCUCCCUUCACCUCAGUUACGGCACGAAUGAGCCCUGAACAGAUGCAAGUGCGCCUUCGGCAAGAAAUCCGACAACUUCGUCGUCUCAAACAAUUGCAGGAAGACGCCACCACGCCGACCGCUUCAAACCAGAGGGCGGCUGGAAGUACGAGUUCCACUUUUGAAAACUUUGGUGAGAACAUGAAAUCUGGAAUUGGCAUGUCCAAAGAUUCCGCGCUGUUUACCUUCCGUCAGGUGGGACUCAUCUGUGAACGAAUGCUUCAGGAGAAAGAGGAUGCUUUGCGGAACGAGUACGAGCAAAUCUUGUCCGCCAAAAUGGCUGAACAAUACGACACGUUCGUCAAGUUUACCCACGAUCAGAUCCAGAAGCGCUUUGAGGCUGCAUCCGCUCCAUCUUACCUUUCUUAAUGUCCGCUACUACGCUACGAUUUCAAUCAACGCCCAAUCAAAAAUUUUUUGCCACCACCGCCGCCGCUAACUAAACUAAAUAACUGCACCACUUUCCAAAUUACAAGAGAAAACCAAUCAUCAUCAUCAUCGCAGUCAAGAAAAGAAGAAAUGAUAAGCAUAUUAAUUUUUAAAUCUCCAGUGUGAUUGCUGUUAUUGCUGCUGCUCUUUUUUGUAUCAUCGAUCGUCCUCCUUCCUUUUCGUAUCAUCAUCGCGACGCCUCUUUUUUUGAUCAAUACAAUAUCGUAAUCAAUACCAGACUGGGUAGCGGGUAGGUAUUUAGUAGAACUGCAGGCGAAUAACGAACUCCCUAAAUUAACUCGUAGUUAAAAGUAAUAAUUUAAAAAAUGAAUAGCCUUUACUUACAUGCUCAAUCUGUGCACUAAUAAUAAUGUUAAUGCACACAUCGCUUAUACCUACAUAAAUUAUACUAUGAAUUGUAACCGUGUCGUAAAAAUUAUGCUCGUUUUGUAGACAUCAAGGUUUCCUCUGUUUUUGAGUAAAUUCACGUAUUACACAAGAAAUUAGUGAUUUGUCACCUUUAGAAAGAUUAAUUCCUCUAGUGCGCACUGAAUAUUUAGCCUAAAAGAAAACCGAGAGAUUAAUAUGUAAAAUUUUAAUGUACCAAUUUUACCAAAUUUUUAGGUUUCUUUUUUUUAAAUAAGAUUUUCAUUUUCAAAAAAAUACCGCAACCUUAUAAAAACGAAAACGACGAAAAAACUAUAAAACCAUUGUGUGCCAUGGGCUAAGUGAAUGGCUUAGUUUUCUCCAAACUUGAAAAAUGAUCUGCUAAACCAAAAUAUUUAAAAGUAAAAUAACAUAGACUUAUCAACACUUACAACUUAUCAGUUACUUACUUAUCAACCGUACCGUACUAUGCAAAAAGUUACAUAAUUACAUUUAGAAAAAGAAACAUAGAUAUAUAAAAGUGAUGAUGAUCGUGGUUUGGUUAUCUUAUCUAAAAAAAGAACAUUUACAGCAAUUUUACACUAAUUCUUCUAGCCACAUUUUUUCUCCAGAUACGAAAUGAGUUUUAAGCUAAUGAUGAUGAUAAAAGUUCACAAAGUGAUAUUUAAUUAAUUUAAUUUAACUAAUUUAAGUUUUAAAUCCUUCCCAAGUUUUCGGAGAUGUUUUUAAUAUUUAGAGAGCAGGCAGACAAGAAGAACUCUUCCCAAAGAAAAAGAAAUCAAGACUUAUCUAGCCCUAGGAAUAAUUAAUUAAUUAAUUACGUAAUUAAUUAAUUGUGUGUCAAAUCAAGCGUAUGUAUCGCUUUUACAUUUUAUCGUCGCCUCAUUAUGAUUAUUUUUAAUUAAUUAAUUAACUUAUUGGAUUAAUUAAUAUUUAUGGAUGUACUAGUUCUUUGAAGCUUAUUUAAUUUGAACUUUAUGCUAAAGACUGGUUAUCAUGUCACGUGUCACAUUAACUUUUAGUUAAAUUAUAUUGUUUCGUUUAGAUAAGUGUGGUGAUAAGUGUGACACUUAUCUUUAGAAGAAAGACUGGUGGUGUUUUUUUGUUGAUUGGGUAGUGGAACGAACGAACGAGCAUGCCAAUUUCUCAUCGGAUUGUUCGUUAAUAAUUGUUAACUGUUUUUCAAUUUGAUUUAUUUACAUGGCGGAUUAAGAAAAAUAAAGACUUUUUAAGAAAUAUUUCGCCGGACGGAAGGACGAACGUAAGGCAACGGAGGAGAAGAUGUAUUUAGCAAUUAAGCCGAAAAUUAGUUAAGUAAUUAAUUAAAAAUAGUAAAAAAUGUUUAAGGAUAUGAGAUGAAUGCGCGCUGUGGGUAAUAAUAAAUAAGAUGAAUUUGAACGAAAAAAA